CAAUUUGUUCCUGGUCCCACAUCUGUCAAGCUGUCAUUUUCUCAAUAAAACAGCAAAGUAAGACUGUAUUUACAUUUCUGACGAACAAGGAUCAUAACAGGCUUUUCUGCAAUACUUCCACCUGACAGAGGGAACAGACUUUCGUUUAAAAACAUUGUUUAAGGGACAGUGGUGAGUGAAUUUUAAAUGGCGCAUCAUGUCUUGGUAACUGGUGCAGCGGGAUAUGUCGGUACACAUGUACUUGUGGAACUAAUUGAAGCUGGAUUCGCUCCUGUUGCCAUUGAUAACAGGCCUAGUGCAUUGACAGAUGCUAUACAAAAGAUAUAUCAGAUAACAGGGCAUAUGGUGAUCUCAUUCAGUGUGGAUUUGCUGGACAAAUCAAGUAUAGCCAAAGUCUUUGAUCAGGUGCAAGUUGAGCAUGUGUUGCAUUUAGCUGGUCUAAAAGCUGUAAGAGAGUCUCAGGGAAAUCCAUUGAUCUACUACAAUGUAAAUGUGAUAGGAACCAUCAGCCUUCUAGAGGUGAUGGAUGAACAUGGUGUACACAACAUUAUAUUUUCAAGUUCAUCGAAGGUGUAUGGUGUACCUCAAUAUCUUCCUCUAGACGAGAAGCACCCGACAGGGAGUUGUACCAAUCCAUAUGGUAGAACCAAACACAUGGUGGAGAAUAUUCUGCAUGAUUUAACAAUAUCAGAUGUGAGAUGGAAUGUGACAGUAUUACGCUAUUUCAAUCCUAGUGGUGCUCACAGCUCAGGUAUUCUAGGAGAAGACCAAUCAGAGAAGCCGAGAAACUUAAUGCCAUGUAUUUGUCAUGUUGCUGAGGGCAAGAUGAAGAAAUUGACCAUAUUUGGAAAGGACUAUGAUACACCAGAUGGCACAGCCAUGAAGGGGUACACGCAUGUUGUAGAUUUAGCUAAAGGUCAUAUAGCAGCAUUAAAAACUAGUCAUCAAAACGGAACUUAUAGAGUUUAUAAUCUGGGUGCAGAAAAAACUUACUCUAUUCUUGAUAUGGUCAAAAUGUUUGAACAGAUCUCAGGGAAAAAAAUUGUGGUAGAAUUCUGUGAUAGAAAGCCAGGGGAGAUAGCGGUAUGUUCAGCUGAUAGCUCUAAAGCAUUUCGGGAACUCAGAUGGAAAACUGAUAGAACCCUAAAACAAAUGUGCGAGGAUAUGUGGCAUUGGAUGACAACAGAAAAACCAGAACAGGUUACAAAUGGGCAUGUAAACAAUACAGAUAUAUCUGCUACACCAACACACAUUACAAAUGGACAUGUAAAUAAUACAGAUAUAUCUGCAACAGAUAUCAUAUGAUUCAUGCAGGGCUUUUUUAAUAGUCUGUUAUAUAUAUUUUUUUAAUCUUUUUCUUUAUUUAAACCCCAAAACAGAUGUAAAUUUUAUUAUAUCUGGCUGCCCCAUCAGGGUAUGAGGCACUUUUUAGCUCAACUAUUCAUAGAAUAGUUGAGCUAUUGGACUCGCCCGUGCGUCCAUGUCGGCGUUGGCAUCCAGAUUUGGUUAAGGUUUGGUAUGUAAGCUAAUAUCUCAGUAACCACUUGUGGAAAUGGAUUGAAACUUCACACACUUAUUCACUGUGAUAAACUGACUUACGUUGCACAGGUUCCAUCACUCUAGUUUGCUUUUUUACAAAAUUAUGCCCUUUUUUUCGACUUAGAAAUUUUUGGUUAAGGUUUUGUAUGUAAGCUGGUAUCUCAGUAUCCACUAAUUGGAAUGGAUUGAAACUUCACACACUUGUUCACUGUCAUGAUCUAACAUGCACUGUGAUGGUCCCAUAACACUACUUUGCAUUUUUACAAAAUUAUGCCCCUUGUUUGACUUAGCAGUUUUUGGUUAAGUUUUUGUAUGUAAGCUGAUAUCUCAGUAUCCAGUAAUUGGAAAGGAUUGAAACUUCACUCUCUUGUUCAUUGUCAUGAUAUGACAUGCAGUGCAAAGGUUCAGUAACUCUACUUAGCAUUUUUCAAAAUUAUGCCCCUUUUACGACUUAGCAGUUUUUGGUUAAAUUCUUAUAUGUAAGCUGGUAUCUCAGUACCCACUAAUGGGAAUGGGUUGAAACUUCACACACCUGUCCACUGCGGAGAAGCUGUGUGUGCAGGUUCCAUAACCCUGUUUUGCAUUUUUACAAAAUUAUGCCCUUUUUGUCUUGUAUUCAUUUAAUUGACAAGGCUUGUUGAAUGGUCGAGCGUUGCUGUCCUCUGACAGCUCUUGUUGAAUUUUGCAGUUAGAUUAAUUGUUUUAAUUUUUAUAUUCUGGCAUAUGAAACUUAUUAAAUAUUUCUUACUUAGAAUUCAAAAUGGUGUAACAUGAGCAUAAAACUUACUUUCAUUAACUAAAAUUCAUGGGACUCUAGAUGUUACUGAAGCAAACUUGCAAAUUUUGAAAAAAAAAAAGUUUUAAAAAUGGUUGAAAUUUACAGUUGAAAAUAGUCAAGCACUAUUCAAUAGAUUUUUUCCUGAUAACUUUUAAGACAUUUAAUAUAUUUUUGAAUAAUUAAGAAUUUUCUAUUUCCAUUUAAAUUUGAGGUCUUUAGAAGAUAUUACUAUCUUAAUUGAAUAAUUGAAAAGAAAUUAAUGGAAAAUCUUAUUACAAAAUAAGUGAAUCAUCAAUUAAAUGUGAUAUAUAUAUUUUUCUUUGGGGUUUUAAGUUGUUACAAUUUAUCUACUGGCUGUUUAAGAAUGACUGCAUUUCCUUAAAUAGAAGAUUGGUUUCAAAGCUCUAGGGGUUUAAAGAAAUAUAUAAACAAAUUUAUUAUUGGGGAUUGCAUUAUGGGAAAAAUAACUUGUAGUCAUUGACUGAUUAUUUAUUUAGAAUGUAGGACGUUUUGGCCAGCGGACGUUUUGGCCCGGACGUUUCGGCCUAGGAUCUUUCGGCCUAGGAUGUUUUGGCCAGGCAUUUUUUGGGGGUAGGACGUUUUGGCCAAAAAAAAAUUGUGGUUCCAUAUUGUGCAAAAUAUGGUCUGGAGAUUAUUCUAAAGAAUGUUAUAGUAUAAGUGAACAAAUUAAACUGAUAAUAAAACAUACUCAUGUUAUUUUAUUUUUAUUUUUUAUAAUCUUUUUAUAUGUAUACAUAUAAACAUAUGCACAUUGUAUAU